UCACGGCUCAGACAGCAGAAGUCAACCCAAGAAUUUCUGCUACAGCUGAUUCGGUCGCCAUCUUUGUCCAGAACAUAAACAACACCAGGCAGUCUCGUUGGCGAUUACAUGAACUGCUGUUGUUUUGAAGGAAGCCACCACAGUCUGCUUGUUACUGCUCGGCUUUUGUAACGGAAGAUGACGGUUGAUUUGGUCACUUGAAACACUGUGUCAGUCAGAAGAGAUGGGGACCAGGUGUGGAUUUCCUCAACAGGACGGAGCGGAGGUGUAAAGGGGGGCGGGCGGGGAGGGCAGGAGAGAGGGCCAGAGGAGAUGGACCAGGAGUACGAGAGACGGCUGCUGAGGCAAAUCAACCACCAGAACCUGCCGACAGAGGCCCGGCUGUCAAAGUGUGUAAGUGCGACCUGCAGUCCCGUCAGCGUGAAGUCAGGGGACCGCUUCAUUCCCACCCGUGCUGGGAGCAACUGGAGCAUCAACUUCCACUACGCCAAUGAGAACUGUCGCUCUCCAAAUCAGAACCAUAAAGCUAAAGAUGCCAGCUCGGACUCAAGCAAAGACGCUGUGGCCUAUGCAGCCCUGCUAAGAAAUGAGUUACUUGGAGCAGGGAUAGAAAGUGUACCAGACCCUCACACAGAUGACCGGCGGCAUACAGUUCUCUCCCAGGACUCUCACAGCCUAUUUAGGUACACUGUCCACACAAAGAGAGUGCCUUUCGAUAGUGAUAAUGAAGUCUCACCUUACUCCCUUUCCCCGCUCAGCAACAAAAGUCACAAGCUGCUCCGCUCCCCUCGUAAACCGGCCCGCAAGAUCUCAAAGAUCCCCUUCAAAGUGCUGGAUGCUCCGGAGCUGCAGGAUGAUUUCUACCUCAACCUGGUAGACUGGUCGGCAGGAAACCUGCUCAGCGUUGGGCUGGGAGCCUGCGUCUACCUGUGGAGCGCUUGCACUAGCCAGGUGACGAGGUUGUGUGACCUCUCAGUGGAUGGAGACUCUGUUACAUCAGUUUGCUGGAAUGAGAGGGGCAGUCUUGUUGCUGUUGGUACACACAAAGGUUAUGUUCAGAUCUGGGAUGCAGCAGGAGGCAGGAAGCUGACCAGUCUGGAGGGUCACUCUGCACGUGUAGGUGCUCUGGCGUGGAAUGGAGAGCAGCUGUCGUCGGGGAGUCGGGACCGAGUAAUCCUGCAGCGAGACGUCAGAACCCCGCCUUCUGCUGAAAGGAGGCUGCAAGGUCACAGACAGGAAGUGUGCGGCCUUAAAUGGUCUCCUGAUCACCAGCACCUUGCAUCCGGAGGAAACGACAACAAGUUAUUGGUGUGGAACAGCUCCAGCCUCCUCCCUGUGCAGCAGUACAGCGACCACCUGGCAGCAGUAAAGGCCAUCGCCUGGUCUCCCCACCAACACGGGCUGCUGGCGUCGGGGGGUGGCACGGCAGACCGCUGCCUACGUUUCUGGAACACGCUGACGGGUCAGGCCCUGCAGAGUACAGAUACCGGCUCCCAGGUCUGCAACCUGGCCUGGUCCAAACACGCCAACGAACUGGUGAGCACUCACGGAUACUCUCAGAAUCAGAUCCUGGUGUGGAAAUAUCCAUCACUCACACAGGUGGCCAAGCUGACAGGACACUCCUACAGAGUGCUCUAUCUGGCCGUGUCACCAGACGGGGAGGCCAUUGUCACAGGAGCUGGGGAUGAGACGCUACGUUUCUGGAACGUCUUCAGUAAGACACGCUGCACCAAGGAGUCAAAGUCUGUGCUGAACCUCUUCACGAGAAUACGAUAGUGAACAGCCGGGGUCAGGACUGGUUUCAGGAGCAGCCCCACUGAGCUCUUGUUUUCAACAUGGCUCACAGACUCGACCCCUUCAUCUCAGCUCUGGUUCUCAGAGCAUCUAAUCACCAUGAGAGCCAUCCCCAUCUUUUUUCUACAGAAGACGCUGUCCAAGCCUCCAACAAAAAACUGCCCACCCUCACAGUGAUGUCACUGACGAACACUGAAGCACGCCGUCUUCUUCAAAACGUCCGUUUUGUUUUCUUUUUUGUUGUGGAAGUGAUGAAAUUGUUUUAUUAUAUAUCAGCAGAGGUAUACAUGUACAAGAGUUCUAAGCUAUAUGAAAUCAUGACUUCUCAUUUUUAAAGGCUCUCCUUUGAAACAGAGCGGAGGAGGAGAGGAAGAGGAGGCCUGGAGGGGGGUCAGGGGUUUCUAUAUUUUCAUAAUGUGUUGAUAUGAACUACAAGCAGAAUACAAAAGAAGAGAAACAAUAAAUUACUGAACACUUGCACACAGUUGCUCAAGCAGCUGUUAAAGAA